CCCCAAAGGCCAAAAAUCUAUCCUGGGCCGAACGGCACGUGCCAAAUCGUUCUGCGUGUACUGCAGGGCCGAAUCCGCGUCUCCGCCGAAUGAGUAACCCGAAGCACACGGCAUAGCCGCAUGGGCGCCAGGGUGGGAAACUCGGUGCACCACAGCCGUUCUUGUUCCCCCCGCGCGAUCCCAUCAGCUCACCACUACAAAAAGUUUUCACGCACUCACCCAACCAGCAAGAACGAAGGAACUACCACGCUCGAUCUUCCGCUGCGCGCGCCGAUUUGAGCUUUACGCCGGCCUACCCAAUUACCCAAUCCAGCAAGAACAGCAUAUACUCGUCCCGCCCAUGGCAGGAUCGACUCUGUUCCGAUGGCUCUUCUUACUGCUGGCCAUCGUGUCGCUUGCCGCGGCGGAUAGCGGCAGCGGCGAAGCAGAGACCACCGUCCCCGGACAAAUUCGCCUGAGCUGCGGCGCGUCUGCCUCCGCCACCGACGGGGACGGCCGGGCGUGGGACGGUGACGCCGUGUCCACGUUCGCGCCGUCGGUGACCGGCGUCGCGGCCGACGCGUCGUACCAGGACCCCUCGCUGCCUUCCCCCGUGCCGUACAUGACGGCGCGCGUGUUCAGCUCCAGCUACACCUACUCCUUCCCCGUCAAGCCCGGCCGCGUGUUCCUCCGUCUCUACUUCUACCCGUCCGCCUACGGCAACCUCGGCGCCGCCGCCGCCGCCGCGGACGCGCUGUUCGGCGUCACCGCGGGCGGCAUCACGCUCCUCCGCGACUUCAACGCGUCGCAGACCGCGCUCGCGGUCGGCUACGCGUACAUCGUCCGCGAGUUCUCGCUGAACGUCAGCUCCGGCGCCACGAGCCUCAACGUCACCUUCGCCCCCUCGCCGCGUGGCGCCCCCGGCCACGGGUCCCACCACUACGCGUUCGUCAACGGCAUCGAGGUCGUGCCCACGCCGGACAUGUUCACGACGCCGGUGCCCGCCUUCGCCAACGGCGGGCGCCCGAACCCGAUGCCCCUCCGCGCCGACACGGCGUUCCAGACGAUGUACCGCCUCAACGUCGGCGGCGAGGCCAUCACCCCACGGGACGACGCCGGCGGUUUCUACCGCACGUGGGACAACGACGCGCCCUACAUCUUCGGCGCGGCCUUCGGUGUGACCUUCGCGAAGGACAGCAACGUCAGCGUCCGGUACAACCCGCCGUCGGUGCCGAAGUACGCCGCACCGGAGGACGUGUACGCGACGGCGAGGUCGAUGGGCCCGAACGCGCAGAUCAACCUCAACUACAACCUCACCUGGAUCCUCCCCGUCGACGCCGGCUUCUACUACCUCCUCAGGUUCCACUUCUGCGAGAUCCAGUACCCGAUAACGAAGGUGAACCAGAGAUCAUUCUUCAUCUACAUCAACAACCAGACGGCGCAGUCUCAGAUGGACGUGAUAGUGUGGAGCGGAGGGAUCGGGAGGGCGGUGUACACGGAUUACCUCGUCGUCACGGCGGGCUCCGGCCAGAUGGAUCUGCUGGUGGCGCUGCACCCGGACCUCAGCUCCAGGCCGGAGUACUUCGACGCCAUACUCAACGGCCUCGAGGUGUUCAAGCUCCACAAGUACGGAACCCACAGCCUUGCCGGGCCAAACCCGCCGAUCCCGCUGAAGCAGGUAUUCAGCACGGUGGACGGAAGCAGAUCGGAGUCCAGGAAGAAGAGCGUCGUCUGCGCCGCCGUCGGCGGUGUGGCCGCCGGUUGCUUCCUUGCGGUGUUGGUUGCCUUCGCCGUCGCGUGGGCUGUUCGCAGGAGGCAGAGGAAGGCCGCGGCGGAGAAACCGGCUGAUGGGCUUCUUGGCCCAACAAAAGGCUCCGCCCUUUAUGACCCGGUCCAAAAAUAAACAGGCCAAUUUUUUAAGCCUUUUGUUUUGAUAAUAUUAUAGGGUAUGUAUAGCUAUAAUUGGGUUAACAUGAAAGAAUUAUAAAUGGGCCCAAAAACAUCACAUGCUUUGGCAAUUUUUCAAGGAGAGAACUAUAUAUUACCUCCCUUAACUAUAGCAUGAGCUCAAAUAUUUCCCUCAACCGCAAUAUCAGUUAUCGCA